AGACGCAGCAUAUUACGAUUCUCUGUCAUGCCGUCACCCACAGGUUACCCAUCCAUUGACUACAAUAUUUAAGGAUUAUCUUCUCUACUUUUCUUGCGGCGAUAUCUCUUCUUCAUAAUUUAGUGAGAAAAAUACUUAUAUACAGCGAAAGCAACUUUGUUUCGAUCGACAGACGGAGAAGAUGGCGCAGAAGAAGUACAUAAUAGAGGUCGAGAAAGCGAAGGCAGCUGGAGAUGGAAGACCGUCCGUCGGACCUGUGUGUCGGAGUAUCUUUGCCAAGGAUGGAUUUCCUCCUCCGAUUCACGGAAUGGACAGUUGCUGGGACAUUUUCCGCAUGUCUGUGGAGAAUUAUCCUAACAAUCCGAUGCUUGGUCGUCGUGAGAUUGUGGAUGGGAAGGCUGGUCAAUACGUUUGGCUAACUUACAAAGAAGUUUAUGACGUAGUAAUCAAAGUAGGAAAUUCCAUUCGGACUUGUGGUGUUGAGGAGGGGGGGAGAUGUGGUAUUUAUGGUGCCAAUUGCCCAGAGUGGGUUAUGAGUAUGGAGGCCUGUAAUGCUCAUGCACUAUAUUGUGUACCUCUAUAUGACACCUUAGGUGCUGGUGCUGUGGAGUUCAUUAUAUGCCAUGCAGAAGUUUCACUUGCUUUUGUCGAGGAAAAGAAGAUUCCAGAGCUUUUUAAAACAUUUCCCAACUCAACAAAAUACUUAAGAACCAUCGUGAGCUUUGGCAACAUUAGAACUGAGCACAAGGAAGAAGCUGAAAAUUUUGGUUUGGCAAUGUAUUCAUGGGAUGAAUUUUUGCAACUGGGAGAAAGCAAACGGUUUGAUCUCCCAGUGAAAAAGAAAAGUGAUAUUUGUACAAUAAUGUAUACUAGUGGGACAACUGGUGAUCCUAAGGGAGUAUUGAUUUCAAAUGAUAGCAUUGUUACUCUUAUAGCUGGCAUAAGACGAUUACUUGAGAGUGUAAAUGAAGAGUUGACGGUCAAGGAUGUGUAUCUUUCUUACCUUCCUCUGGCACAUAUCUUUGAUCGGGUGAUUGAGGAGUUCUUCAUUUCACAAGGUGCCUCUAUAGGGUUCUGGCGUGGGGAUGUCAAACUGUUGGUUGAAGACAUUGGGGUGCUGAAGCCAACUAUUUUCUGUGCCGUUCCCCGUGUGUUAGAUAGAAUAUAUUCAGGUUUGAAAGAGAAGAUUUCCUCAGGAGGCCUCUUGAAAAAGACACUGUUUGACAUUGCAUACUCAUACAAAUUCUAUAAUAUGAGGAAGGGGCGGAAACAUGAAGAAGCAUCUCCAAUCUGUGACAAAAUUGUGUUUAGUAAGGUGAAGGAAGGAUUGGGAGGGAGAGUGCGACUUAUUCUAUCCGGAGCAGCACCACUUUCUACUCAUGUAGAAGCCUUUCUGCGAGUGGUGGCAUGUUGUCAUGUUAUGCAAGGAUAUGGUCUGACAGAAAGUUGUGCUGGAACUUUUGUAUCAAUACCAAACGAAUUAGCAAUGCUUGGUACUGUUGGGCCUCCAGUGCCAAAUGUGGAUAUAUGCCUAGAAUCUGUCCCAGAAAUGGGAUAUGAUGCUCUUGCAGAUAUACCACGUGGUGAAAUCUGUAUCAGGGGAAGUACCCUAUUUUCAGGGUACUAUAAACGUGAAGACCUCACCAAAGAAGUCAUGGUGAAUGGGUGGUUCCACACAGGGGAUAUUGGUGAGUGGCAACCAGAUGGAAGCAUGAAAAUUAUUGACCGAAAGAAGAAUAUAUUCAAGCUUUCACAAGGAGAGUAUGUUGCAGUUGAAAAUUUGGAGAAUAUUUAUGGUGUUGUACCCAUUGUUGAUUCGAUUUGGGUGUACGGUAACAGCUUUGAGUCAUUCCUUGUUGCUGUCGUUAACCCCAACAAACAAGCACUUGAACUUUGGGCGGCCGAAAAUGGAAUAGAUGGUGACUUUGACUCGAUCUGUCAAAAUCCUAAAGCAAAAGAGUUUGUACUGGGAGAGCUCACUAAGACUGGAAAAGAGAAAAAGUUGAAAGGUUUUGAAUUUGUAAAAGCUGUUCAUCUUGAACCUGUGCCAUUCGACAUGGAGCGUGACCUCCUGACCCCAACAUAUAAGAAGAAGAGGCCUCAACUGCUUAAAUACUAUCAGAAUGUUAUUGAUAACAUGUACAAGAGUGGUGGCAAGUCCAGUGCAUGACUUCAAAGUGCUAAAGUAGGUUUUUCUCAUAAAUGAAGCAAUAAAACCUUUUGUUAUAUAUAUGUGUAUAUAUAUAUAUAUAUAUACACAUAUUGUACAUAUGGCUAUGUAAAGAACUCAUAGUUAUAGGUCAAAAAGUAAAUUUUCUAGAAUUGAUUUCAUUCCAUGCUGUAAAAUUGGCUUUAAUCAUUCUCAGUGGCAUGAUUUCGUUGUCUCAAUGUUGGGGUGAGUAGAAAAUUGAACCUUCGCACAAUUCGAUCUUGAGGCUCCGAUUGGCUGCCUAUUUGCCUCGCAUGGAUCUAUUGGUGUAUCCAUGCAGAGCAUCCACUCCUUGGUCGAGAUGAAAAUUAAAAGAAAAACAUCACUCGUCGCUUGAAUUCUUGUAAACUCUAUUGUGUAUGCUACUUACAUUCUAUUUUAUAAGUCUUUGUCAGUUCUACCUCUUAAAAAAGAAAAAAUUACCAAUCUAAAAAUCAGUGUCAAAAUACACCUUUCUGUCUUCUUAAAAACUACCCCCAAUGUGUUUUUAAUUUAAUUGUUGUAGUCCCUUAGCCUUAUGUAAAUUAAUUUAAUAAUUUUAUAUAAUCAAUAAAUAAUAAUUGAAAAAUUAUUUGAUCAAAAUAAAAUUAUUUAAUAAAAAUAAAGUAUAAAAAAAAUUUCAAUUGUUAUUUAUUUAUCAUAUAAAAUAAUCUAAUUAAAUUAAAGCAACUAAAUCAUAGCAAAAGAAGUAUAUAAUUUGAAAAAACAUCCUUUAGCUCCAUUCCAGAAAUUAGGGCCACCACAGGUCUAGGCGACUCGGGGGAUAAACUGGGAUUUGAAAUGGCUUGAGACGAACUCACGUCUGAGGUAACUUUAAUGGUUUGGGAUUUAGAACAGCUCGGGUCACAAUGUGACCUAGGAUCCAAAGUGGCUCACGACACACAGGCAGCUCUAGAAGUAACCUAGAACCUACGAGCUCCGGGGUUGGCCUGGGAUCUACAAUC